AGGGCCUAAUGCUGGAUAACCUCUGACCCCAAAGCACUGCUCCAGGUCCCGUCACGGCUCAUGUUCUCCGUGUGGAACCACCAGCAUCCGGACCUGAAACGGUGUCACGCCAACAAGAAGCUGAAGGUGGAACCGCACCAAGUUCUGACACUAGACUGAGCUGCUGAUGAGGCUUCAGAAGAAAGAGGUUCUACCAUGUUCUGGUUUCAGAACAUGGAGUCGGCUACUUUAAGGAGGUUUAUAACCAAACCAGACUGUAUUUGUACCCUUGUGAAGACCAGAUUUGGGAUAUUUACUAAAAUCCUUACGACCGACGGUCCUUGUUAGGAGUUCUCCCUAGGGGUGAGGUUUACAGAUAAGAUAACUGAAUUCUUGUACACUGGUUUGGGUUGGGUUAGGCGUAGAGGACUCACUAAAAUCAAUGGUAGUCAAUACAAAGUCCUAACAUUGGGUACAAAUGUGUGUGUGUGUGUGUGAGAAGUUUAUUCUUUGAAUCAGGACAUCUCAACAUCCCUCCUCCCAUUAUGCUGCUCCUCCUCCUCCUGGGUGGAGGAAGCGCCGAGGAGCAGCUUCACUUUGUUUUAUUUCUGUUUUACCAGAGAGUUCCUGCUUUUAUUCUCUUGUUCUAAUCUGAGGUUUUAGUUUUCCGUCAGAAGUUCAUUGGGUUGUUUCGUAUUGUUGAAGCUGCAGAAGCUGGAAUCAUCUCGGCUGUUUCAGGAAAAUUCAGGUUUUCCUGUCUGAGCCAGACUCGGCAUCAGGGAAACCCGGCAGCUGGAUCUGAGACCGAGAUGGGCUGAGCUCUGUCUUUAGAAGGUGAGUUAUAUUUGAAAGGAUGGACAAAUCCCAGCUGAUCAGGUUUCCCGGGAGUCUGCUCUUUCCUGACUGUCUGGGAAUGCUUCUGAGCUGAGAUGCAACAUUCCUCAACCGGCUGACGGAUUUAACAGGUUCUGCUCAGGAACAGUCGGGCCGGAUCGGCUGCAGAAACGCGUUUAUUAAAGGUUUAGCUUGUAGCUGUUGGCACCAUUUAGUGGCUGAGCUGCAGCUGUGGUUAUGAUGUAGCUCACCACCGUCCAGGUCAGGUGGGAAUGUCUGUAUUCCCUGACUCAAUCAAGUGCUAUAGAAAUGUGCAUUAUUAUUGUUGUUGUUGUUGUUGUUGGUAUCCUCUAGAAUUGGGGGAGAAAAGAGUCUGGAGCCCUGCUUGGGACCUUCAGGGUCUGUGCUGGAUCACACGGGGACAGGAAGCAAGUAGGAAAGCCAGUCGUGGAGAAAUGAUGUGUUUACAUCAAACUUGAAAGGUAUUUGGUUUUGUCACCAUGACAACCAGCCAGCUUCCUCUGAAACGUGGAAACUGGAGAGUAUUCUUUGGUCUGCUGUGGGAACAGAAGUGUUGACCAUGUUCUUGCUGAACCUGCAGACGCGGCUCUCUGGACGUGUCCUGAUCCACGAUGGAAAACCUGACCAACAGCAGCGGGUCUGUGGCAGACCACCACAUGACCAGCUACGAGUUGGACUACGACGUUCCUCUGGAUGAGCUCCCAGACACCACACAGGGCAGAGCGUUCUUCGUGGCCACCCUCAUCAUCGCCGUGGUUCUGGUGGGAAUCAUGCUGGUCUGUGGAGUGGGCAACUGCCUCUUCAUUGCCAGCCUGGUUCGCUUUAAGCAGCUGAGGAACCGCACCACCCUGCUGAUCGUUAACCUGGCCGUGUCGGACGUCCUGGUGGCGGUCAUCUGCUGCCCCUUCCUGUUGGACUACUACGUGGUGAAGAAGCUGUCCUGGGACCACGGCCUUUUGCUCUGCGCCUCCACCAACUACCUACGAACAGUGUCUCUCUAUGUGUCCACCAACGCCCUGCUGGCCAUCGCCGUGGACAGGUACAUGGCAAUCCUCUACCCUCUAAAGCCUCGGAUGAAGCACCAGACGGCGUACUGUGCGGUUCUGAUGCUUUGGGUCAUUCCCAUCUUCAUCUCCAUCCCCUCAGCCUACAUGGCCUCAGAGACCACCUACCUCCACGACAAAGGUCAAACCCACAAGACGUUCUGCGCUCAGAUCUGGCCCGUGGACCAGCAGGUGUACUACCGCGCCUACUUCCUCCUCAUCUUUGCUCUGGAGUUUGUGGGUCCAGUGACCAUCAUGGUCUUCUGCUAUACUCAGAUCUCCAGAGAACUGUGGUUCAAAGAUGUUCCUGGAUUCCAGACGACGCAGAUCCUGAGGAAACUGCACAGGCGCCGCAGGAGGGUGGUGUUGCUGAUUUUGGUGCUGGCAGCCUACGUCCUGUGCUGGGCGCCGUACUACAGCUUCACCCUGCUGCGGGACUUCUACCCCACCCUCAUCUCCAGGAACAGGAACUCCUUGGUGGCCUUCUACAUUAUUGAGUGCGUCGCCAUGAGCAACGGGGUCAUCAACACCCUGUGCUUUGUGGGUGUCCGGAAUAACGCUAAACACCUCAGUAAGAUGGGCACAUUUCCACUGAAGCUACAGAGUUUAGUUUGCAGAAGGUCUCUGGAUGGAAGUGAGACUCAGACGUCCUCUCUGCGGGUGACGGAGCUCAGGGGCGUGUCCAGGGAGGGGCCUGGGGUAGCACAUGCCACCCUUAGAAUCUGAUUGGCCACCCCAGGUGCCACCACACUAAGUUCCAGUUUAGAUUGACUUUACAGACAAAAGGCUUGGGUUGCAUGCACCUUUCACCUUGUUUUCUAUUCCAGGCGUGUAGUAUUAUUAUUUAAUAUUUUUUCAUGUUCACAUACAUAAUAUUUAGAGUCCCACUCAACUCCAGGUGGUGGCAGUAAUGCAACAAGAAGUGACUUGCUAACCACCACAAAAGUAAAGAUGAAUAGAAAAAA